AUGACGCCGGGGUUCACGCGGGAAAGGCCGCCCAGCCCCGAUAACCCGUUUCGCACAGUCGCCGGCUCAACGGGGGGUGAAAUCUUCGGGCCCGGUGAAAACUCCUCCUCCGACGACGAAACCAAACCGCGCGCCGCGCGCCAACACCCACCCCCCGACCAGAACGCCCGCCGCGCGCUGACGGACGCCAUCGUCAGGUACCACUACUACGUCGAGCACGGCGUGCGCGCGGACGCGAACGACCAAACACAGCUGGCGGCGCCGCCCAAACGCGAAUGGUUUGAAAACGUCGCGGCGAUGACGCCGACGGACCCGGACCCGAACGGGUCUCUCUCCGUCGAACGAUUCGAGUCGCACCUCGCGUCGCUGCUGAACGAGAUGCGCGACGAUUACUACCACGCGAUGAGACGCGCCAUCGUGGAUUACGUCUUGACCAACGCCAACGAGCGCGAGCGGCUGGGGCUUCAGGUUUUGACGCGUUUUAAGAACGCGACGCCGCCGUCGCCCGCGGGUCGACCGCACGGGGACCUCCCCGCGACGUGGCGCGCCGACGUCGACGCCGCGCGCGAGGACAUCGCGUGGACGCUGCAGACGCUCUCCCCGCAGAUGACGCGCCUCUCGAACCUGUGGCACGAGACGUUCGCUACGGCCAAGCUGGCGGAUGUCUCCAGCGACGCGUUCAGGGCAUCGCAGCCGUGGGAGCUCGACGCGUUCGUGACGCACCAACGCGACACGAGGGAGGCGACCAAGACGGCGCUGUGGGAGCGGUGGACGGCGGACACGGCGGAGGUGUUCCGUGACGAUCCGCCCGUGUGCGUCAACGCCGACUCGGACGCGUAUUACGCCGCGGUGGCCGUGUCUCAGUCGAACCGGCUUCGAGAGCUCGUCGCGUGUAACGUUCAGGCGCUGGUGGCGGACGUGGCGACGGAGCACACGUACCCGGACGAGCUUCUCUGGUCCAACCGCCCCAUGUUCGUGGUGCGGCUCCAGCCGGGCGGUUCGUCCGGCGAGAAGGCCGAAUUUUCGCCCCAGCUCGAAGCCUUUGAGGACGCGGUGAUAUCAGCGCUCGACGGCGCGGUGCUCGCGGCGAUCGGCAUCCCGCGCCCGGGCGCGUCGAACGUCGUUAAAGACAUCGCGGUCAUCGACACGUUCCAGCUGGACGAUCCGUCCGUCGUGGACGCGCGGUCGCGGCUGGCGACGGCGAUGCGUAGGGGUCGCGCGGGGCCCGAAUCGUUAAAAGCGAUUUUUCAUCCGCACGAGUCGCUGCUGUCGCUCGACGUGACGGAACACGUGCGGACGUUCGCCGCGAACGUUGUGCCGCCGAAGGACCCGACCGGUAAGAGCGGCGAACCGACGGUGCUGGACCAAUUCCGCGGCGAGAUUGACAGGUUCCGCGCGACGGCGACAGAGAUUCGAAAAUGCUCGGGCCAGCUGGUCCGCACGGGGAUAUACGUCGUGGACUGUUCGUCGCUGAAGAAGAGGCUCGCGGACGUCGCCGACGCGUGCGCGGACGCCCUGUUGGACCACAUACGGCUCACGGUGGCUGACACCGCGAGGGACAUGAACAAGACCUACCUCGAGAUGAACGAGAGGGUUCACGUCAAGCCGACAAACGUCAACGAGGCUGUGCAGCUCAAGAAGUACGUGAAGGAGACUCAGCCGCAGAUGACGAAGGACAUCGAGGCGGAGAUCAAGGCGCAGAAGAAGCGCGAGCUCUUCCUGGAGGAGUACUUCUGGUCCACCACCGACGAGGACUUCGAUGAGAUUUGCACCUCCUACGGCUGGCCGGCGAGGAUGUACGAAAUCAUGAAACUCGCCAGCCGAGCCUGCAACGCCGAGCAUAGGCUGUGGGAGGAGAAGCUCAAGACGCAGAGGGUGGAGUUCCAGGAGAAACUCGAUGGGUACAAGGCCCAGAUCGAAUCGUUCGAGCGCGACGGCGACGUGGACAAGCGCGAGGAGGUGUACACGGGCAAGGUUGAGGUUUUGGUCAAGGCUCUCGAAGAGGCGGCUGCGGAGGCUGAGGAGAUCAACGACCAGGAGAUCUUGUUCGGCUGGGGCAUCACGCGGUACACGGAGGUGACCAAGCUCAACAACAAGUUUGAGCCUUUCAAGAGGCUGUGGACGAUGACCUGGGAGACGUUCAAGAACCACAGGGAGUGGAUGCAGGGUCCCUUUUCCAAGCUCAACUCUGAGGUCAUUGACGAGAACGUGUCCGACGCCGUUCGCGCGAUGGCCAAGCUGGUGAAGAGCUUCUCAGGAAAGGGCGGCGGCGAGCUCAUGCCGAAGCCGCUGGCCGUCGCGGAGGCCACGGCGGAGAAGCUGGAGAAGUUCAAGGAUAUGCUUCCCAUGGUCCACGCGGUUUGCAAUCCGGGUCUGCGCGCCAGGCACUGGGAGAAGAUGACGGAGAUCAUCGCGAUUCCCAACUUUGAGCUGAAAAAGGACGAGUUCACGUCGCUCCAGCGUCUGAUCGAUAAGGGGGUGAAGGAGCACACGGCAAAGCUCGCGGAGGUGAGCGACGUGGCGUCCAGGGAGUACACGAUGGAGAAGGCGCUGGACAAGAUGGUUGCGGACUGGGAGGGAUUGGAUUUACGGUUCAAGCCCUGGAAAGAGACGGGGACGUCGAUCUUGGACGGCGCGUGCGUCGACGAGGUGCAGGCGGUGCUCGACGACCAGAUCGUGAAGGUGACUGCGAUGGGCGCGUCGCCGUUCGCCAAGCCCUUCGCGGACCGGGUCGGGCCGUGGGGCGUUCGGCUGGAUCGGCUGCAGAGCAUCGUGGACCAGUGGCUCAAGUGCCAGGCCAAGUGGCUGUACCUGGAGCCCAUCUUCAGCAGCGACGAGAUCGGGAAGCAGAUUCCCACCGAGGCGGCGGCGUUCAGCACGAUGGACAGCACGUGGCGGCGGAUCAUGGACGUCGUCCAGGCGGCUCCCAAGGCUGUCGACGCGCCAAACGUGGAAAAUUUACUGGAAGAUUUGGACGAGUCCAACAGGCAGCUGGACAUCGUCGAGAAGGGCCUCAACGACUUUCUGGACACCAAGAAGAUGGCGUUCCCGCGCUUCUUCUUCCUUUCCAACGACGAGCUCCUCGAGAUCCUUUCGGAAGGGAAGGAUCCGCUCCGGGUGCAGCCGUUUAUGAAGAAAUGCUUCGAGGCGGUCCAGAAGGUGGAGUUCACCGAGCAGAUCACCAUGAAGACGAUCGUGUCGGUGGAGGGCGAGAGUGUCCCGUUGUGCAAGGAGAUCGACCCGGCGGAAACUGGCGCGGUGGAGAAGUGGAUGCUCGAGUUCGAGGACGUCAUGAAGGACUCCCUGCUGAAGGUGACUCGCGAGUCGGUUGUCUCGUACACGGAGAAGCCCCGGGAGGAGUGGAUCUUGGACUGGCCCGGCCAGGUGGUCAUCGGGGCGUCGCAGGUGCACUGGACCGAGGAGGUCACCAACGCCAUCGUCGAGCGCGGGCUCAAGGCGUACGGGGACAAGUCCAACACCCAGCUGACGAACAUCGUGAACAUGGUACGAGGCGAGCUUACCAAGUUGCAGCGCGCCACCAUCUCGGCGCUGGUCACCAUCGACGUCCACGCCAGGGACGUCGUCGUUCAGAUGUCCCAGGACGGCGUGCACGACCCGAAGGAUUUCAAGUGGCUCGCGCAGCUGCGCUACUUUUGGGAGGACGACACCCUGAAGGUUCGCAUGAUCAACGCGGAGGCACAGUACGGCUUUGAGUACCUCGGUAACUCGUCGCGACUGGUCAUCACGCCGCUGACGGACAGGUGCUACCGCACCCUGAUGGGCGCCAUUCACCUGAAUCUCGGGGGGGCACCCGCGGGACCCGCGGGUACGGGUAAGACGGAGACCACGAAGGACCUCUCCAAGGCUAUCGCGAUUCAGUGCGUCGUGUUCAACUGCUCGGACGGCUUGGACUAUAAGGCGAUGGGGAAGUUUUUCAAGGGUCUGGCGGCGUCUGGCGCGUGGGCGUGCUUCGACGAGUUCAACCGCAUCGAGCUUGAGGUGCUCUCGGUGGUGGCGCAGCAGGUGCUGUGCAUUCAGCGCGCGGUCGCGGCGAAGAUGGACAGGUUCAUCUUCGAGGGUGUGGAGCUUCGGAUUAUCCACACCGCCAACGUCUUCAUCACCAUGAACCCGGGCUACGCCGGUCGUUCCGAGCUCCCGGAUAACCUCAAGGCGCUCUUCCGCGACGUCGCGAUGAUGGUCCCCGACUACGCCAUGAUUGGCGAGAUCAUCCUCUACUCGUUCGGCUACCUCGAGGCUCGCGACAUGGCGCGCAAGCUCGUCCAAACGUACCGCCUGUGCUCUGAGCAGCUCUCCUCGCAGGACCACUACGACUACGGAAUGCGAGCGGUCAUAGCGGUGCUUCGCGCGGCGGGUAACCUCAAGCGCAAGUUCGUCGACGAGGCCGAGGACGUCCUGAUGCUCCGGGCGCUCACGGACGUCAACCUGCCCAAGUUUCUCGAUCAGGACGUGCCCCUGUUCCGCGGCAUCCUGAGCGACUUGUUCCCCGGUGUGAAACUGCCGGAGAUUGACUACGACAACCUCAACGACGCCCUGCUCAACGCCAGCGCCAAGGCUAAGCUCCAGCCCCUCGACACUUUCUUCGAGAAGAUCAUCCAGCUGUACGAGAUGAUCAUCGUGCGUCACGGCUUGAUGCUCGUGGGUGAGUCGUACGGCAUGAAGUCUUCGUGCAUAUCCGUCCUCGCGGAUGCGCUCGGCGAGCUGAACGACAAGGGUCUGAACGGGGAACAGAAGGUCAAGUACUACUGCUUGAACCCCAAAUCCAUCACCAUGGGCCAGUUGUACGGCGCGGAGGACCCGGUGAGCAAGGAGUGGGCCGACGGCAUCCUCGCCGUGACGUUUCGCAACGCGGCUAGGGACACCAGCCCGGAUCGUAAGUGGGUCGUGUUCGACGGCCCCGUGGACGCCAUCUGGAUCGAGAACAUGAACACCGUGCUGGACGAUAACAAGAAGCUGUGCCUCAACUCGGGCGAGAUCGUCGCCAUGCAGGGCUUGAUGAACAUGAUCUUCGAGGUUCAGGACCUGGCGGUGGCGUCUCCGGCGACGGUGUCGAGGUGCGGCAUGGUGUACGUGCAGCCGUCUCUGUUGGGUUGGAGACCGGUGAUGGUAUCGUGGCUCGAUACGCUGCCUCCGGGGGUCACCGAGACGCACAAGGAGCAGAUCACCGCGCUGUUCGACUGGCUCGUUCCCCCGUGCCUCCGGGUGGCGACCAAGAUUUGCAAGAUGCCGCAGCCCAUGCAGGAGAUCAACCUCGCUCAGUCGCUCAUGCGCCUCUUUGACUCUCUCCUCGACGAGUUCAAGGAGCCCGCUAACAUCGAGUCGAUGAAGGAAGCGCUCGUGUCCGUCUGGAUAGAUUCGCUCUUCCUCUUCUCGCUCGUUUGGUCGAUCGGCGCGAGCGUCGACGAGGAGGGCCGAGCCAAGUUUGACUCGUACCUUCGAAGGCUCAUGUUCAACGACGUCCCCGAGGAGCUGACCAUGUGGAUGACCCCCGGGCUCAAGGGACAGGGUAAGAUCAAGUGCAAGCCGUUCCCCUCGGGCACGGAGGAGGCGCCCGAGACGGUCUACGACUUCUGCUUCGAUAAACCGUCGGGGACGUGGAAGCGUUGGGUGGAUCUCAAGGAGGACGUGCCCAUCGGCGAGGAUGAGGCGUAUUCUUCGAUCAUCGUCCCGACGGUGGACACCAUCCGAUACACCUUCCUGAUCGACACGCUGGUGACCCACGGUAAGAAUUUCCUCUUCGUGGGACCCACGGGCACCGGUAAGACGGCGUACAUCAAGCGGCACGUCGCGAGCGGCAUCGACAGCGAGCUAUACAGCUACACCUUUAUGAACUUUUCCGCUCAGACGUCUGCGAACAUGACCCAGGACAUCGUCGACGGCAAGCUGGACAAGCGCAAGAAAGGGACGUUCGGCCCGCCCCCGGGCAAGAAGAUGAUUGUCUUCGUGGACGACCUGAACAUGCCGCAGGUUGAGGAGUACGGCGCCCAGCCGCCGAUUGAGCUGUUGAGGCAGUUUAUGGAUUACAGCGGCUGGUACGACAGGCGAGAGCUGACGUUCAGGAACCUGGUGGACAUGCAGUUCAUAGCCGCCAUGGGCCCACCGGGCGGCGGCAGGAACAACGUGACCAACCGCUACCUCCGUCACUACCACGUCAUAUGCGCCACGCCCUUCAACGCGGCUACGCUGACCAAGAUCUUCAGCACGCUUGUCGAGUGGUGGAUGCGAACCAAGGGUCUGCCCGAGGAGUUACACGAGUGUCAGUCGUCGCUGGUGAAGGGGACCAUCGAGCUGUACCAGACGGUGCAGCGCGAGCUGCUGCCCACGCCGAUGAAGAGCCACUACACCUUCAACCUCCGCGACGUGUCCAAGGUUUUCCAGGGUGUCUGCUCCACCACCAAGGAGAGCGUCGCGGACAAGGGAUCGCUCACGAGGCUGUGGGUGCACGAGAGCCUUCGCGUCUUCGCGGACAGGCUCACGGACGAACCCGACCGCAGGUGGUUCUUCGACAUGUCCAAGCGUCUCACGGAGAAGCACUUCGACGCCUCCUUUGACGAGGUGUUCGCCAGGCUGGACGCCGACGGCGACGGGGUGGUUGACCCCACGGAACUGCGCCGUCUGAUGUUUGGCGACUUUUUGAUCCCCGGCGCGGAUCCCAAGGUGUACGGCGAGGUCCUGGAGUACGAUCAGCUGCACGCGGUGGUGACCGAGUACCUCACCGACUUCAACUCGACGAGCAAGAAACCCAUGCACCUCGUGCUGUUCCUGUACGCGCUCGAGCACGUGUGCCGCAUCUGCCGGAUAAUCUCGCAGCCGGGGGGGCACGCGCUGCUGGUGGGCGUGGGCGGGUCGGGGCGACAGUCGCUCACGCGGCUCGCGGCGUACAUCCAGGAGUUUGAGAUUCACCAGAUCGAGCUCUCCAAGUCGUACGGCCGCACGGAGUGGCACGACGAUCUGAAGAAGGUGAUGAAGCUCGCGGGUGAGGCGAACAAGAACACCGUGUUUUUAUUCUCCGACACGCAGAUCCAGCACGAGUACUUCGUGGAGGACAUCUCCAACCUGCUCAACACGGCGGAGGUUCCGAACCUCAUGGAGAGCGGCGAUAUGGUGACCAUCUUCGAGAACAUCCGCGGCAGGGCGAAGCAGGCUGGAAUGGACGGCAACAAGGACCUGAUGAACAACUUUUUCAUCUCGGAGGUUCGUAAGAACCUCCACGUCGUGCUCUGCUUCUCGCCCGUCGGAGACGCCUUCCGCGAGCGCCUGCGCAAGUUCCCCUCGCUCGUCACGUGCACCACGAUCGACUGGUUCACCGCCUGGCCGGAGGAUGCCCUCUUGAACGUGGCGCAGGAGUUUUUGAAGGAUGUCAACGUCGCGGAUAACCUCAAGGCUCCGCUCGCCGAGAUGUGCGUCGAGAUGCACAGCGGAACCAUCGCGCUCUCCGAGCGGUACCUCGCCGAGGCUCGCAGACACUUCUACGUCACUCCCACCUCGUAUCUCGAGUUGAUCAGCUCCUACAAGGACCUGCUCAAGAAGAAACAGAAGGAGAUUGACACCAAGAAGAAGCGGUACAUCAACGGCCUCGAGAAGCUCGCGGCGACAGAGCAGAGCGUGGAGGCUAUGAAAGAGGAGCUCAUCGCGCUCCAGCCGCAGCUGGUGCAGGCCCAGAAGGACACCCAGGCUGCGAUGGAGGUCAUCGCGCAGGAGACGGUGGAGGCUGACAAGGUCAAGGCGUCCGUCGCGAAGGAGGAGGAGGAGGCCAAGGCUGAAGCCGCCAGGGUAAAGGCGACCCAGGAGGAGUGCGAGAACGAUCUCAAGAACGCCAUGCCGCUGCUGAAGGCGGCGGUGGACGCGCUCGAUACCCUCACCCCGGGCGAUAUCUUCGAGGUGAAGCUGAUGAAGACCCCGCCCGCGCCCGUGAUGCUGGUCAUGGAGGCUGUGUGCAUAUUCAUGCAGAUCGAGCCCGUGAGAAAGACGCACCCGGACACCGGCCAGAUGUACAACGACUGGUGGGCGACCUCCAUCAAACUCCUCUCCCAGCCCGGGUUCCUGAACAAGCUCAAGACGUACGACAAGGAUAAGAUCAAGAAGAAGGUGAUCCGCAAGGUUGCCAAGUACGUCGCCAAACCCGAGUUCGAACCCAAGCGAAUCAUGAAGGCGUCCAAGGCGGCUGGCGGCUUGUGCUCGUGGGUCAAGGCGCUGGUGGACUACGACGCGGUGAUCAAGGUUGUCAACCCCAAGAAGGCUGCGCUGGCUAGGGCUGAGGAGGACCUCGCCGGGGUCAUGGCCGAGCUCAAGGUCAAGCAGGAGCAGCUGCAGGGAGUCAUCGACAAGAUCAACGCGCUCAACGACGACCUGCAGGGCAAGAAGGACCACUGCGCCAAGCUGGAGAAUGACGCCGAGGUGUGCAAGAUUAAGCUUGACCGCGCAAACAAGCUCGUGGAGGGCCUCGGGGGCGAGAAGGUUCGAUGGACCGCCAACCAGGAACAGCUCUCGGUGGACUACCUGGCGCUCACGGGCGACGUGUUGCUGUCCUCCGGGUGCAUCGCCUACCUCGGGGCAUUCACUCUGGCGUACAGAGAGCAGGCCACGGCGCGAUGGGUGGAGCUUUGCCAAACCUCGACACCCGCCAUUCCGUGCGACGACAAGUACUCGCUGGUGAAGAUCAUGGGCGACCAGGUGAAGAUUCGCCAGUGGAACAUCCAGGGCCUGCCCAAGGAUUCGUUCUCUGCGGAGAACGGCACGAUGGUCGACUACGGCCGCAGGUGGCCGCUGUUCAUCGAUCCGCAAGGUCAGGCGAAUAAGUGGAUCCGCAGCAUGGAGGGUGAGCGAGGUUUGGUGACCAUCAAGCUCUCCGAUCCGGACUACAUGCGAUCGCUCGAGACCGCGGUGCAGUUCGGCAAGCCGGUACUCCUCGAGAAUAUCUACGACACCCUGGACGCCAGCCUCGAGCCGCUGCUUCUGAAGCAGACGUUCAAGCAGGCUGGCUCGCUGUGCAUCAAGCUGGGCGACUCCGUUGUCGAGUACAACAAGGAGUUUAAAUUUUACAUCACCACCAAGCUCCGCAACCCGCAUUACACCCCCGAGCUGUGCACCAAGGUGUCGCUGAUCAACUUCAUGAUCACGCUGGACGGCCUCGAGGACCAGCUCCUCGGCGUGGUCGUGGCGAAGGAGCGCCCGGACCUCGCAGAGGAGAAGAACCAGCUCAUCCUGCAGGGCGCGCAGAACAAAAAAUCGCUCAAGGAGAUUGAGGACAAGAUCCUCAAGGUUCUCUCCUCCUCCGAGGGAAACAUCCUCGAGGACGAGGAGGCUGUCAAGGUGCUCAGCGCGUCCAAGGUGCUGUCCGACGAGAUCUCGGAGAAGCAGAAGAUCGCCGACGAGACCGAGGUCAAGAUUGACGCCGCCCGCGCCGGAUACAGGCCAGUCGCGAAGCACUCCUCGAUCCUAUUCUUCUGCGUCGCGGACAUGGCCAACAUCGGCGACAUGUACCAGUACUCGCUGCAGUGGUACACGGAGCUGUUCCUGCGGGGCAUCGAUGACGCGGAUAGGUCGCCCAAGCUGGAGACUCGGCUGCGGAACAUCACCAGGCACUUCACGUACUUCCUCUACCAGAUGGUCUGCCGCUCGCUUUUCGAGCAGGAUAAACUCUUGUUCGCGUUUCUCAUCGCGACGAAGGUGCUCCUGGCGGUUGACUGGGAUGACCUCAGGUUCUUCCUCACCGGCGGCAUCGACACGGGCGACCUACCCGUGCCCAACCCGGCUUCCGACUGGCUCGGAGACAAGGCUUGGGGCGAGAUUCUGAGGAUGGCGGACCUGCCCACCGUCGCCGCCAAGGGCGAUCUGCCCGCGGACGUCGCGAGGGAUCCCGCGCGCUGGAAGGUGUUGUACGAUUCGCUCGAGCCGCAGAGCGAGACGCUGCCGGACCCGUGGCACGACGCGUUUACGCCGCUGCAGCGCAUGAUGAUCGUGCGCGCGUUCCGGCCGGAUAAGGUUGUGCCGGCCAUCACCGAUUUCGUCGGCGCCGAGCUCGGAGCCAAGUACGUGGAACCCAUGCCCUUCGACCUUCCCUCCUGCUUCGAGGACAGCAGCUCCGGCGUCCCGCUGGUGUUUGUGCUGAGCGCGGGGUCGGACCCGAUGGCGAAUUUGCUGAAUUUCGCGGCUUCGAAGAAGAACAAGACGUACCCCGAGGGCAUGCGGGUGGAGGCGGUCUCUCUCGGCCAAGGGCAGGGUCCUUACGCCAUGAAGAACAUCGAGGAGGGCAUGAAGAAGGGCUUCUGGGUGGUUCUUCAGAACUGCCACCUGGCAAAGUCGUUCAUGCCCGAGCUCGAGGUGGUGUGCGAGACCAGGCUCAAGGAGGACGGCGUGCACCAGGACUUCAGGCUCUGGCUCACCUCCUACCCCUCGCCGAUUUUCCCGAUCACCAUCCUGGAAAACUCGGUCAAGAUGACCAACGAGGCGCCCAAGGGCCUCCGCGCGGGUCUGAUGCGAACCUUCAUGUCCGACCCGCUCUCCGACUCGGAGUUUUUCGACACGUGCACCAAGGAUGAAUCCUGGCGCAAGAUGGUCUUCGGCCUCGCGUUUUUCCACUCGUCGAUGCAGGAGCGGCGCAAGUACGGAGCCAUCGGUUUCAACAUCCCGUACGACUUCAACGAGAACGACCUUCGAAUCUCCAUCCGGCAGCUCAAGAUGUUCCUCGACGAGUAUCCCGAGGUGCCCUACGAGACGUUGAUGUACACCUGCGGCGAGUGCAACUACGGCGGGAAGGUCACCGACGGCCACGACAGGGUCACCGUCGAUUGCAUCCUCCGGCUGUUCUACACGCCCGAGAUUCUGCGGGACGGGUACGCGUUUUCGCCCAGCGGCCUCUAUAAGGCGCCGCCCCACGGGAACUACAAGUCGUACCUCAAGUACAUCAACACCCUGCCGCUCAUAGCCGCGCCGGAGGUGUACGGCUUCCACGCCAACGCCGACAUCCAGAAGAACAUGAACGAGACCGACGCCCUCUUGGCUUCGUUCAUGAUGACGCAGUCGAGGGAGGGAUCGGGCGGCGGCAAGAGCCCCGAGGAGGUGAUCGGCGAAGUCGCCGAGAGCUUGCUCGCCAAGCUCCCGCCCAACUUUGACGUGGAGAUGGCGGAGAAGAAGUACCCGGUGGACUACUACGAGUCCAUGAACACGGUGCUCACGCAGGAGCUCGGCAGGGUCAACACGCUGUUGUCGCUGAUCCGCAACUCCCUCGUGAACCUCGGCAAGGCUGUCAAGGGCCAGGUUUUGAUGAGCGACGAGCUAGACAGGGUCGGAAAGGCGCUCUACGACGGCAAGGUUCCCGCGUCGUGGCUCAAGAAGUCGUUCCCGAGCCUCAAGCCCCUCGGCUCGUACAUGAAGGAGGUCAUCGAGCGAGCGGCGUUUUUCAAGUCGUGGGUCGACGACGGCAUCCCGAGCACGUUCCCGCUCUACGCCUUCUUCUUCACGCAGGCGUUCCUCACGGGCUCCAAGCAGAACUUCGCGCGCUCGCACAAGAUCGAGAUCGACAAGGUGGACUUCGACUACGCCGUGCUCGACGGCGACGAAUCGACGUACACCGAAAAGCCCGCGGAUGGGGUGUACUGCUUCGGCAUGCACAUCGACGGCGCCGCGUGGGAUCCGGUGAGAAGAUCGUUGUGCGAGAGCGAGCCCAAGGUUCUGUACGCGCCUUGCCCGGGGAUCCACAUGAUCCCCGCCAGGGUGGAGGACUUCAAGGAGUACAACCACUACAAGGCUCCGCUGUACAAGACGGCGGACCGGCGCGGCAUCCUGUCCACGACGGGCCACUCGACGAACUUUGUGAUGGACAUCAGGGUGCCGUGCGAGCAGGACGGGUCGCACUGGAUCAGGCGCGGCACCGCGCUGCUGCUGUCGCUCAAGGACUGAGGAAAACGUGCUCCCUCGGCGGCGCACGUAAUUGUUUACCCAUUAGCUAGAGAGACGGUUAGGUGAUGAAACCAACCGAUAGGACCGAUGUAAUCAUUAACAAUCUAAGUGAUACCGAUUCAGGCGCGAGCGGCGGCGGCGGCGGCUGCGGCGGCGGCGGUCCGAGACGGAUGAAAGUUUUCUCAUCUCCCCGCGAUGAGCUCGUACACCAGCCCGACAACCAUCGCCAACAGUGCGAUCAUAGCGGCGAUGAUCAGCUGCUUCGGAGGCGCGGUCGGCUUCGCGGCCAGCGCGACGCUGGCCCCGGCGGCCGAGUCCGCGGAUCUCCUCCUGGCCGGAGAGCCGGGCGCUUGAACCGCCGCCUCCGCCUCCGCCUCCGCCUCCGCCUCCUCCUCUUCCCGACCCUCCUGACCCUCCACGUUAUCCUCGAAGGCCAUGUACAGCUCCUUCCGCAGGCUCCUCAGCCGCGCGCGCUCCUCCGGGGGCACCACGCCGUCCGCCGCCGCGUCCUCUUCGGGCGUGGUCGCCUCGGACACGGAAGCCUCCGCGAUUUUCGCCUCUCGUCGAAACGCGUCAACCGCGGGCUGCUGGUGAAUCUCGGAUAGCAACUCCCGCACGGAGACCAAGCCCUCGUGCUCGCUCUUGCCCCCGACCUCCUUGGGCAGGUUCUCCAGCGCGAUGCCCAUCUUCUUGUGGAAGUGCGACGACGCGCUGCCGUUGAGGAUGAUGAACUUUUCCCGGGCGCUCUCGGUGAGAAAGUACUUGGCGAUUGACCAGAUGAACUGAAACACCGAAGGCGAGUGCGCCACCACGAACGCGCUGAAGGGCUCGGGGUGGAACAUCGCCGCCUGCAUCACGCCCGCGAUCUUUGUGAUGUUGCUCUGGGUGUAAUAGGUCAUCGAGGGUUUGGCGAGGUCGAUGAUGAACACCGGCUUCAACCCGCAGAGCUGCCUCGACGGCUGGGCGAUGCAAAACUCGUAAAAGUGGUUCACCGCGAUCCACCCGCUCGGCUGCGCCACCCUGCAGCAGCUCUUGAUGCCCUUGUUCGUCUUGCGGACCACGAUCGCGGCGGGGUGGUGUUCGGUCGCGCGCAUGAAGCUCCAGCUCUGAAACGCGUCCCCCAGAUCCUCGCACAGUCGGCGCCGCGUCUCGGGAUCGUCCACGUGGGGAUGCACGAAUUGGUGCUGCGGCGGGAAGCGCUUGACGAAGCGCACGAGGAAGACGCGGAGGUAGAGCGCGGCUCCCGCGUGCUUACCGUCGGUGAUUUCUUCGUACGCCUUGGGCGCCGGGUGUUUGGUGUUGCAGAACACCGCGUUCUUGCACCCGGUGAGGAUCCUUCGAAAGAAUCUGUGGCACGCCACGUCGGGCGCCGUCUCCGGUCCCUCGAACACCUUGAGCAUGAACGCGAAUAUCGGGGUCAUCAUGACG